GUCAACUCACACGAUGAUUUCGGAAUGGAGGAAUUAUUGGCCCCGUAACAUUGAAAGCCCUUAUUCAGGGAUUUGGGACAUGACUAGAUGGAGAUGGUCCUACAAGGUCGCUGUGGAAGGUGAAGCUUUGAGUGUCUAUACAUUCGAAGGCAGCUCCUCAUGGUACAAGGUGAAGAAGCCCUUAACAUGGUACAAGGCAACUUUCGAUUCACCACAAGGCAAUGAUCCAUUAGCUCUGGAUAUACAUGAACACCAUGGCGAAAGAUGGUAUGAAAUUCCGUGGUCAUGGCUGUACCCAAAAGGAGCUUGCUGGUUGUCCUGGAAGAAUGGGGACAGAAGAACAAUGUGAAUUAAGCUUUUUGUCUUCAAAGAAAUUGCAGCCGUAAAGCAAGAAGGUCUCUUUCGAUACAGGGAUGCACAGACAAGUUCUUGAGUGUGUGCAACCUUUGGGAUUUUUUGUUUAGGAGCGGUGAAUGCAGGGGCCCUCUUUGAUGGUUUGGCUUUCGGCCUUGGUUUGUACAGGGGUACGGUUCCCUUCGUUUAUUGGAGGAGGUUUGGGAAAGAUAUAUCAGGUAAAUAGGACUGAUAUGUGAUCCAAAACUAUCUACCCUUUUGU